GUACUGACUUUGUCAAUAGCGGCACCGCAGCUUCAGCGCCAUCAAACUCUAUAACUUGGGGAAAUACACUAGUUCAACAGAACCAUGUACAAUGUUUCGCCCAGCAUUGAGAGCCACGCCCAGAGUUCUUUCAGUUUCCUCCAUGUCCUGGCGCUUCCCUUCAGCUGGCGUUCGAGCAGCAAGAGUAACAGCGCUUCCAAGUUCAUAUCAUUCCAUGCCAAAGCCCAGCGGUCUUAUCCUUGAUCAAGUUAACGUUUAUAGUAGGAGGAAAAUAUGGCAUGCACAGAGAGGAGUUGCACCAUUUCAUUCUUCUAGGCCGAACCAGGGACUUCCUCUCAUACCGAUGUUACUGGGCGCUUUCAAGGCUUCGACUACCGUAGAGGUAGUGCGCACCGCUGCCCGAGUUGCGCUUACGUUCCUACCCCUCAUCUUUUUCAAAAAUCGCUGGUCAAAGAAAUACCUCAAGCACCACGAGAAAUUUCAUCCUGGUGUACCGGUCGAUGAAGAGAAAAGGGCCGAGCUUCUCAAACGGAUACGUGCAAGGACACUUGUUUUUAACGUGCUUCUGUUUGUCCCUUUCACAUUAUUCUGGUUGGCAAUUCUAGCAAGCGCCGAGCAAACACCUAUCACAGGACGAUGGCGGCUUAUCAUUCUAUCUCCCGAAGAGGAGGACGAGAUAGCUGCACAGCUCAGAGGCCCAAAUUGGUAUCAUGCUGUCACAGAAAUUCUCUCGACAGACGGUCCGCCCAAGUUGAUUCCAACCACUGAUUGGCGAUACCAGUGGGUACGUGAUACCUUACGGCGAUUGGAGGCUGGCAUUCCCAUAUUACAGCGUGAACAAGAGUUGGCUUCACAUUGGUUAGAUACAACUCCUGAUCAGCCACCAUUACCUCCACCUGCAGAGUAUCCCCUACGGCCUCGGCCCCGAGCCACGGACACUAUGAGGAGGUGGUCAGAAGGCCUCUGUGGGCGAAGCUCACCUCAUUCAGCUCAUGUCAUAGCUGGACCACCAUAUUCACUUCUUAUUGUUGACAAACCCGAUGCGGCUAAUGCAUUUUCGUACGGCUUUGGGCCAGAUGGCGCUUGCGGCGUCGUGGUUUACUCUGGAUUCAUUGACAACAUCCUUUCCAAAGCUCCUUCAUCAGCUUUCUCCUCUGGCUAUACGCCACAGACUCUACCUGAAGAAAGCUCAUGGUGGACACGCGUUUUCGUGCCCACAGAGCAACAAACAGCUGAACUUGCCAUUCUCCUUGCCCAUGAAGUUGCACAUCUCGUUCUCUCGCAUCACCUUGAGACGCUCUCAUCCGUCACUAUCAUGGUCCCUGCCCUGAUUUCCAUGUUUGCUGACUUCAUGCGCACCCUCUUAUUCCCCGUGACAAUGCUGUUUGGGCCGUUUGUCAACGACGCAGUUGCCCAGCUGGGUAAAGUCGGUUCUGGGGAACUGACUAAAAUAGGGGAAUACUGCACUAGCGUGCACCAAGAGAUAGAAGCGGAUGUUGUAUCCGCUAGGAUCCUUGCGCAUGUCGGGUUUGAUGCGCGCCAGGCGGUAGCGUUUUGGGAACACAAACAGAACGCGCCUCAAGCUGCCGAAUGUUCUCUAACUGGUCGCCCGGGGACAAGCGAUCCGAAUCGGGUGCUUGCACGACAGAUCACAGGUUCCUCACAUCCUGUGAAUGAGGUUCGCAUAGAGAAGCUCAAGAGCGAGCUCGUCCGAUGGGAACUGGAAAAACGCGUCGCAGAGAAGAAGCGUAUCAUAGGAGAGCUAGAACGAAGCUCGAUACUGGCAUUUGUUUGAGAGUAUCCAGGCUUUAGGGCUACAAACUUGAGAAAUGUUGUAAUUUACUUGCUAAUUGCAGUCCGUUCCUUUUGAUAUCUUUUAUCCACGAUUUAUCAUUAGCACACCCUCUCACUUUCAGUUUUACAUUUAGGCAAUGUUCUAUGUACU